AAAUCUAAAAAAUGCCUCUUAAUGUCACAUUUUUUUAAUUUAUGAUAUUUCCUACAAUCGCUCAGAACAAUGUUAGCUACUAACUACAAUUAUAAUAUUGUACAAAUAUUGACACAUUGUAUAUAUCAAAAACCAAGUAAUGAAGGUAAAAUUGGCAGCACAAGUAUGAAGUGCUUCAGUUGCUGACGCUAUGCAAUUUUGCUCUAAAACUUUAAAAAUUGAGGAAUUUAAUAAUUCAGAAGCAACUGUUAGAUUUAUUAGACUUUUCAAUAAUUUGUUUGACUUUAUGAACUCGCGAAAUUUAAAUUCCUAUGGAUUCAAAAAACCAAUUAACUCACAAAACUAUGCUAGUUUAAAAAUAUAUUUAGAAGAAACAUUUGAAUAUAUAGUCUUAAAAACUCGUUGACAUAAGAAUAAUGCAUUCAAAUAGAAAACCCGGAUUUACAGGGUUUUUAGUUUGUAUAAAGACUCUUCUUUUCUUAUAUGAGGAGCACAUAUUAGGUGGUAGUCUUGAUUUCCUUAGUACUUAUAAGUUCAGUCAAGACCACUUCGAUUUUUUUUUAGCUCCGUCGUGGCAAUACCAAGCAGAAGGUUCUUUGAGGACCCUAAAUUAGCUGCAGAAACAACAGGCAUCAGUUUUGAGCUAAUUUACAGACUGAAAGUCAUAUUGGAAGCAAUUUCAAGCGGAUUUAAGAUUGUGCGAGGAAAUUUUCAAGGGAAAGUAAAAAAAGCAGUGUUGCCAUAUAUACAGAAUUAUCUGUAUCUAUCUAUACAGAUUCAUAUUCAGAUUUAUAUAUUAUUAAGAAUCAAAAGGUAGUGUAUUUAUACAAUUGGGUCAUAAAAAAUGGUAAGCUAAAUUGAUAGUUCUUUAACAAAUUUGAAUCAAAUUGAAAUAAACUUCCAUGGGGUAUGUAUCUAAUUUAUGAUAUUUAUGUAGGUCUAAAAUUAAGUGUAUACCAGAUAGAAUGGGAGACAGUCGUUUCAUUAUAAAAUUAUUUAAAUUACUAUAGGCAUGGAGACUUGUCUAAACCCAGCGGGGGCCCUCGUGGGAGACACUACGUACAGCUAAAAUGGAAGGAGCUGUCGGAUAUGCUCAAUAGUGAUGGGCACAGGCGACUCUAGAACAGAGGAAAAGUGGCGAAAGGUAUGUCUCAAAUCUUUAUCCAUGGUUAUAGUUUCAUCUCACAAGUAGAAAUUCAUUGCAUGCAUUUUAUGUUGGCGUUGGGCAUCCUUCUCUAUUAUUGGUGUGGUGUUUUUUAUUCAUAUUAAGGUUUGGAGUGAUUUCAAAAACAACGUGAAACGAAAGUGGGCCAAAAUAAAUAGGUCAGCUCAUGGUACAGGUGGUGGGCCUGCGCUUCAAUUAACAUUAACCGACUUAGAAACCAGGGUUAUGAAUAUAAUUGGGGUGCAGGCUGCUACUGGAAUGCCCAUACAAGAAGCUGGCUUCAUACAGGUGGUUGAUGUUGAGGAGGAAGAUAGCUUGUCAGGUACUCAUCUACAAGAAACAAACACAAAAACAAUAAAUGAAGUUAUUGUUGAUGACAUACCUAUAAAACUAACACCCGUUGCUGACGAAAUGCCCAUCAUUUUGCCAGAUACUUGGAAUACUCCGGGAACAAGUAGCCAACGCUCAAUCGCUCCACCUCCACUUCCCGCGCAUCCACUACCACCUUCAAUAGCUUCAAUGGACACACAGUGGAAGCCGCCGAAGAAAAAGAAGAAAGCCGACGAUGAAAUUUUAAAAGUAUUUAAGGAGUGUGAGGGGUCUGCAAGGCAGUAUGAAAGAGAGCGUGAUCGAGUUGCGGAAGAAUUAGAAAGAGAGAGGAUUAGACAGCGUGAUGUAGAGCUGCAGUUGCAAGCUAAAUGGCUGGAUUUUUUAAAAGAAGCUUUGAAGGUAUUGGAUGCAUAUUUGGCGAAUAAAAGUGAAUAAAAUCGGACAUUAUUUGUUUCGCCAAAUACGCAACUAUUUAUUAGCGUAUCUCGAUCAAUUAGCUAUAUCGAUUAGCUUAAUAAAUAACUUUGACAAUUUAUUAUUUUAAGAUCUUUUGA